AUGGUCCGGUUAACGAAUAUCGCCGCGGGCUUGUCCCUUGCAUCCGUUGCUCUGUCGUCGCCUCUCCAGGGACAGCUGUAUACUGGUCAAAAUGCAUCGACUCCCUGUGCGCAGGUGAGCGCAUCUGUCGCAGCACAGAAGACGGUUGCGACUCCCACCGUUGCUGCCAGGCUGGCGUACGAGUGCAUCACAUCCGUGCCGUUCAACCAAACUGCCGCUCUGGCCUUGGUAGACGGUGUUGUGCCGUACUUCAAGUGGCAGAGUAACACCGCCUUCUUGAAGGACCCCCCUGAGGAGUACGCCGAGAAGGUUCAGCCUGCUGUCGACAUCUGGGGAGGGCUUGAGAAGAUUCGCGGCAAGGUCGUUGGUGGACAGUACGAGAAUGAAUUUGAGUUCGGCUUCGAGCUUUAUAUUCUUAUCCAGAGCGCGCACGACGGUCACUUUGUGUAUGUUCCUGACGUAGUCGGCACAGUCUUCAACUUCGCCCGCCCUGUUCCUCUUGUGUCUGUCUCAGCCGACGGGAAAGAGCUUCCCAAGGCCUACGUCUACGCAGAUGUACUUGCUGAGUUAUUCGGCAACUCCACAUUCACGUCUUCCCCGAUCAGCAAGAUCAACGGCGAGGAUGCUCAGGCCUUCUUAGAGAACUGGGCUCAGUACGGUUCUCUCCAGGAUCGUGAUGCGUUGUAUAACAAUGUCUUCUACGAGCUUGCCACCGUAUCUCUUGGCCCUUCAGGAUCCGGUGUUGGUACUUUCGCUGGUAGCGGUCGCGGUCGAUUGAUCUACCCAGGCGCCACCACCGAGCUCGAGUUUGAGAACGGCACCAGCGUGACUUACGACAACUACGCAAAGGUUCUUAUCCCUUUCACCGGCAUCACCGAUGGAGAGUCUCUGUACAAGACUUGGUUCACCGGCAACCAGCCGACUGCUGCGACACCCACGCCAAGUCCCUCUUCCAAACCUAUCCCAGCUCCUGGUUACCCGCCGCCAGUUUUGCGUGAGGCGCACAACCUGAUUGGAGGAUACUACCUCGAGGACGACUAUGCGGACGUUGCUGUCCUUUCUUUACCCUCGUUUGUGGGUAUCAACACAUCAGAAGCAUUCCAGGAUACUGCUGCUAAGUUCCUCGCCGCGGCAAAGGCUGCUGGCAAGAAGAAGCUCGUAGUCGACGUCUCGGCCAACGCCGGUGGCACUAUCCUUCUAGGGUAUGAUCUUUACAAGCUGCUCUUCCCCAACGACGUCGACCACGCAGCCUAUGACCGCUUCCGAGCGUUUGAAAGCACUGAUCUGCUUGGUCAAAAGUUAUCCGAUACCGCAGAGGGUCUGCCCCGCCAGCUCGUCACUAAGAAACAGAAUGAGACGCUGUACGAGCUCAAUGAUGCUGUAGUUGCCUCGCUUUUCAAUUACCAGACUGAUGUCUCGGUCAACGGCACCAACUUCGUCAACUGGGCAGACAAGUUCGGGCCAAUCGUCCACGAGAAGGGGGACAACUUCAGCAACCUCUUCCGCUGGAAUCUUUCUGACCCUUUGAUCCCUUUGCAGUCGGGAGGUGUUUACAUUCACGGGUAUGGCCCUCUGAGCAACUACACUCAGCAGCCCUUCGCUGCAGAGGACGUUGUGGUCGUUACCGACGGAUACUGCGCGUCAACCUGCACCAUUUUCUCCGAGCUCAUGCGCCAACGUGCUGGUGUCAAGUACAUCUCUCUCGGUGGCCGCCCGCGCGAAGGCAUCACCCAGGCUGUCGGUGGAGUCAAGGGAACCAACAACUUCCCGUGGCCCUACAUCCAGUCGGCGGUUCAGUUCGCAGUGAACAACCUGACGUCCAGCGCCGAAGAAGCGGCUAAACUCAACUCUACCGAGUUCAGCGAAUACUGGAGUGACACUGUCUUCGAUCGCGUUGCCAUUGGCAGUUCAAUAAACGUCAACUUCCGUGACGGUAUCCGCGACGGAGAUGAGACGUACACUCCUCUGCAUUUCGUCUACGAAGCUUCUGACUGCCGCAUCCUGUACACUAAACAGAUGACGGUCGAUGCCACAGCCAUCUGGAAGGCGGUCGCUGACUCGACCUGGGGCGGUAAGAGCCACUGCAUUGCCGGAGACCUGGGUGGCUACUCGACCGGCUCUAAGCUGGGCAAGAGGGAGUUGACGGUGCAGGACAAGGUGCUCAGCAGGAGCAUGCACCAGUGGAGAAGGGAGCUCAGAGAGCAGGAUUACCCGCUCGACGUGUUUACCGAUCUGCGCAAGGCUAAGCUUGGUGGUGAUGGCAUCAUGUGGCCGUAA